CAAGUCAGGAAGGCAGGAUCUGUGAAUUCAGAGGCGCUCAGCCCUUCUUCCAAGAGAAAGCAGCCGGCAGAGCAGAAGGGAGAGGAUGGAGAGCCUUGUGAAAGUGGGGUACAGCCCAGCAGGGGCUCAGAGACCUCUCCCCUGACACAAGACACCAGAGGGCCCAGUCCAGAGGAGGCCAAGGACUCCAGGCAGAGUUCGGGUGGCUCCUCCUGCAGAAGCCACCAAGGAAGAGGCCGCCCCAAAGAGAAGAGGAGAAGGGCAAGGCAACCUCCCUCCAGAGAGAGAGGAGGAGACAAGGCUGAGUCCUGCCUAGCCAAAGAACACCAGGCAAGAGACUGCCUGCACAGAAGACCGCGGGUCAAGGACAGAAGGCCCCAGCCGAGAUCUCCCUGGAGGAGUGUCAAGCGCAGCCUCAGCCCCUCUGGAGACUCCCACACUGCUGCUCCUCCACACAGGUCAGCCAAGAGGCUCAGGCAACAUUCUCCAGAAGCCCUGUCAUCCAGAGCGCUCUCACCGCUGUCCAGAGUCAUGAUCCGCAUGGGGGCCUUGGAGGUGGCCCUGGAAGAGCUGCAGGCCCCUGGAGGAGCCUUCCUGCACACUGUGCCCCGGAGCAGCCCCAGCACGGAGUGCACAGUCUCUCAGCGCGCCUGGCUCACGUGGCAGCUGGCACAUGCCGGGGCCGCGCUCAAUUGGGCGCUUCACACUGUCAAUCACAUCUUGGCUGCUCAGGCCUGGCUGCCCAGAUCCUCCCAGGUCCAUGCAGACUCCACCUUGGCUCCAGGCCAGUGCCCACCUACUGGAAGAUUCCCUGGGAACCUGGAUUAUGGAAAGAAAGCCUAAAAGGACGACAUUCAUUAGUCCACCUUUCUGAAACCUGCCCGAUCCCAUGCCUUGGGGAUUCUCUGAAAAAACACCGACUCUUGCAAGGAAAUCUGCAAAUGGAGGUCCCUUAUUGUACAGAAACAUUCCCACUCUUUUGGACAGGCUCACUCAGGCCAAGUGGCUGUUGAACACGGUUUCUUUCUGCUGGGCGCUUACACACUGCCUGAAAUCCACACUUUGCACAGGAGCAGCAAUCCUGACUGCCAGCUCGUCUACGUGUUUGGAUAUGGAAGAAAUUCAGCCCACAGCUCACACACAGUUCCCUAGAAGCUCUUUGUGAGAGAGUCCGAACUUCUAGUCUUUGAAAUCUGUGAUGUGUUAAGUCUGGCCUCUUACUGGAUUGAUUGCUUUCUAGUUUGUAGAAGCAGAAGCAUUUCCAUUUUGUAACGCUCAUAAACCGUCGGUUUUCACAACUCUUCUCAAGAUGUGAUAUAUCUGCGUAGAAUGCUUGUGGUGGAUGUACACUCAACUCUCAAUAAAGUAUUUAUGGUUGUA